UUUCUAUAAUAUUUAUAUCUUUUUUAAGCUUCUCAAUUUUCUUUGUUAACAAUUCCUCCUUUUAAUACAUUUCAAUUCUAUUCAAUAAAACUUUUAGGGGUUUGGGUUUGGGUGUUUUGUAACAGGAGCAAAAGAAGAGACAAUAAAGUACCUAUGUCAGUCCUCUAAAUUUAGGGAAAACAAAAAUAUUGUAAAUAAUCCAUAAGCAACAAUUAAAAAGAAUAUUUGAUGAUUCAAUAAUAUUCAUAACCACACUAGUACUUUCGAAUUCUUGAUUUUCUUUCCUCAUUUUAAAUAAACUAGCUAGGCCUCCUUCAUCCCCUCUCUCUCUCUCUCUCACACACACACACACACGCACACAUACUUUACUUUGCAGAAUUCUUUCCUUUUCUGGUUUUUCGUGCCGUUUAUUAUCUGGGAUUUGUUUUUAUAUUUUUUUUUUUUGACACAACAUUUUAUCUACUUAGGUUGGCCAUUUCUCUCUUCUCCAAAGUCUGCCACUGUAAUCAUCACACACAUUCUUGUACACUAUUUCUACCUGCUGACAGGUUUUCCAAAUGCUAUUAUACGAUUUUCCUUUAUCACUUAUAUAGAUAUUCUCCGAUACCUUCCAAAGGGAGGAGAGAGAGAGAGAGAGAACAUCUUGCAUGGUUGUUUUCAAAGAGAGAUUUGAAAUUGUGCAGCAGAAAUGCUGGGAGAAGAAGCAACCCUAAUUAGUUAUAGUAUAAAACAGUGAUUCACAGAGUGGGAUUGAGCUAUUUCAGGGCUGUUUUUACUCCACCUGUUGGAUUCAGUUGUAGGGCUUUAAUGAGGAAGCAUGUUUCCAAUGGUGAUUCCGAAUUCAAGCGAAGAAGGCAGCAAUUCAUCAAGCGCAAGGGUUCAAGAUUUGGGCACCCUAAAUUCAAUGGUGCAGAAUUCGAACGCGAUGCCUCAGAUGAAAGCGAAGAAGAAGAGGAAUCUCCCAGGCAACCCAGACCCUGAUGCUGAGGUGAUCGCGUUGUCUCCGAAAACCCUAAUGACUGCAAACAGAUUCGUGUGUGAGAUCUGCAACAAGGGUUUUCAGAGGGAUCAGAACCUUCAGCUCCACCGGAGAGGGCACAAUCUGCCAUGGAAGCUGAAGCAGAGGAGCAGCAAGGAGAAUCGGAAGAGGGCGUACGUGUGCCCGGAGCCGUCGUGCCUCCACCACCACCCGUCGCGGGCGCUGGGCGACCUCACCGGAAUCAAGAAGCACUACUGCCGGAAACAUGGCGAGAAGAAGUGGAAGUGCGACAAAUGCUCCAAGAUCUACGCUGUUCAGUCCGAUUGGAAAGCCCACUCCAAAACUUGUGGAACCAGAGAGUAUAGAUGUGAUUGUGGAACCCUUUUCUCCAGGAAGGAUAGCUUCAUUACCCACAGGGCAUUUUGUGAUGCAUUGGCUGAAGAAAGUGCAAGGCUCUCAGCUGCCACAAACUCAAUGUUGGCACCAAACCCUAAUGGGCAGCCCUACCUCUUCAGCCCCCAAAGCCUCCUCCCUCCGCCGCCCCUCCUCCCCUUCUCCGCCCACCACCGCCACUUCCGCAGCCCCUACCCUAACCCCAUCAAUGCGGAUGUCCAAAUCAAACACGAAUCCCUUCACAUUCCCCUUUCUUCACCGCUCUACCAAGAUCACAUGACGUCGGCCUUCCAAGUCAGCGGCGGGGCGGCGCCGCUGUCAGCCACGGCGCUCCUGCAGAAGGCGGCGACCAUGGGGGCGGCGGGGGGGCACGUGGGGUCCACCAUGGCCCACCUGGACAUGCACGUGGCUUCGGCGUGGCACAAGAGCAGCGAUGGGUUGACCAGGGAUUUUCUUGGGCUGACGGGCGACCAAAGCGGCGGCAACGGCGGCGGGAGAGAGAUGCUGCCGCUGGUGAAACUGUCGGCGUUUGAGCGUGAUCACCAUGGAUUUGGGUUCAGUGAAACCUGUUCAGGGUGGGGCAAUUGCUGAAGAUCCAUCCAUAUUUAGUACAACCCAAAAAAGAGGGAAACUAAAAGAGGGCCAAACGAUACACCUCGUUUAUCAUUUCUGUUUACUCAUCACUUUUAUUUGGUUUUCUUUUUUGUCUCAACGUCUUUGGAUUAUCUAUUAGUCAGAAUAAUUAAUUAACUGCCAGCUUAAUUUCUUGCUUAUUUUUCAA